AGUCACCAUCUCCCUCAUGGAGUGAAUGUAGUGAAUGUUUAGCAGCAGUAAGACAGGUUGUGGCAGGUUUAGUGGAAUUCAUCCAUCAGCAUGGCAGUAGAAAAUUACAGGAUACAACCCAUUCUCAACAUGCUAAAUAUAAAAUUAGUAUGUGUCGUGAUUUAACUUUAAGAGGAAGUUGCCCUAGGGGCACUAAUUGCACAUUUGCACAUUCUAAUGAGGAAUUGGAGAAAUAUAGAGCAAAGAAUAGAAAGUCUAUAAACAGAAGUAAAGAACAUCGUGCGGAGAAUCAGUCUCCUACAGACAAGAACUACCAACAGACAGAUGAUUAUUACUCUAUACCUAAUACAACCACGGUAAGCCCCGUCCCGAUACCUAUACAAAUUCCUCGUAUGAGCUAUGAUGUUCCUUAUCAUCCCAAUCAAAGUUACCCACCAAGUCAACCAUUUUCUCAAGCCAUAUACCAACCACAGGCCGGUACAUUUCCAAUUCACGAAAUGUACACCUCUAACCCGAGUAAUGUGGUACUAGCCAAUGGUGGUCAAUUUUACCCUACUCAACAAACUGAAUAUGCGAACAUUAAUCAUCACGCUCCACAAAACGUGGAUAUCGUUAAGAGACCCAAUUGGGAUGUAAUGAUGAAAAAUCAGAAUUACCAGCAGACUCAAAAAACUAAUCGCGUGUCUACGAAAACCCUUGCCGAACUCCAUCAAAGGAAACAAGAAGUGAUAUCGCAGCUCGAGAAGGUAGUAGGAAAAAAUGCCGCUACUGAAAUAUCCAAUACGGCUAGUAGUCUCGCGCGGCAAGAAUCGCAACAUGACUUGGAUAGUCCCACGUCUCCCUACAAUUUUUGGUCGGGACAAAUCAAUUCCGGACCUACCUUCGUUAGAUCUGACUCUAUAUUGGCCGCAGAUGACGAUUGCGUACCUUACGAUUAUCCCGCUAUUAAUAAAUAUGGUCCGAUUUCUCGUAUGCAUAAGGACAACGGCAUCAGCCAAUCUGCGCCUUAUAGAGAUUCUUCGUCUUUGAUAAGGAGGCCAAUGUCAUCAGUUAGUCCGGUUGCUUCUUGGUAUUACAAUAACAACAACCACUUUCAUCAACCCAUACCUACUAGUCAUAAUGUGGUUGGACCGCCGGGAAAUGGAAUGACUGAUGGAUACGUAGCUUAUGUGAUAUCCCCAGUAGGCCUAAUCCACAUGUGA